CAUUGCAUACAAUCAAACAAAAUGGCUGCGGUGUCUGAGCGUGAUGUAUCGUAGAACAAUACCCAGACCUAGGUUGCAGUUUUCUGUAACAUUUUGCAUUGUGUUUUACGAAGGAGCAGCUAUUAUUUAAGGAUCGUCACGUAAAUAGGCACCUGCUUCUGGGUGCCCUUCAUUCGUGAAAGUGCAGUCUUACCCGAAGGUCUUACAUCGUGCUUCAGCGGCUGUCGGACAAGCCAGGGAAGCCGACGGCUUCAGAGCGUCCAUUUAUUUGGUCAGUGCCAUUGCGUAGUGCCACCACUAGCCGAGAGCCCCUGGCCGCAGGGGGUUACGAUUGCACAUUUUUGCAAUGGAGGCUGUGGAUGGCAGUGAACUCGACCAUGACUCUUCAAAUGAAUCAAAAACGAAGGAAAAGUUAAAAGAAAUUCAGACAUGGUGGGAAAUUCCAGCAAUCACACAUUUCUGCUCACUGUUCAAGGCUGUGUUUGGAUUGUGUGACUUCGACAUUGAGGAUUUAGAGGAAGCUGUUUUGACAUCACCAUCCCUUGGGGGCAGCACUCUCGUUCUUGACAUCAUCUGUCAACUGCUGAAUGGCUGUUACGCCCGUGAUGAUAUCAAGUACUUCAACUAUGACCUGUUCCUGAAAGACAUCUUCAAGCAAAGGUGGCAGUUUGAGUUGGGCCGCUCAAAUCCAGUUGCAGACAAGGCAUUCUUGGAGUUGUCUGUCAGAGAAAGAGUAGAAGUCCUUCAUGCUCUUUGUGACUUCAGAUUGGAUGCAGAUGACGUUGCAGAAGUGCUUAAGGGACUCAGUGGAGAAAGCCUGCGAGUGGAACCUCUUGGGACGGAUGCCAAAGGCUCCAAAUACUGGUAUUUUCAUGGCACCCGACUGUACAGGGAGGCACAGCAGGAGGAUGAAGUGAAACCAGAGAAAAAGAGAGGAAGGCCUCCAAAAAAAGGACAAGAAGAGGAAAAAGACAAAGACCUGGAGAAUGGAGAAGAGAAGACUGGCACUGUGCGGAGGAACCCCAGUCUCAGCGCUAAACCCCAAAUGGUUGAUGAAGGGGAUGCAGAGGAAGAGGAUGGAGAUCUGAUAGAGGAUGUUGCCAACCAGCCGGAAGCGAAUGAUGAUGUCACUGCUGAUAUGGAAAAGGAGGAGGGGGAGGAGGAAGAGGACGAUGCAGAUGAAGAAUUGCAAGCCAUAAUGUAUGAUGGCAGUGAUGAUGAGAUGGAUGAUGAUGCUGAUGAUGCAGAUUUUGAAUGUGAACUCAAGGGGAGAAAGAAGACAUCAUCAAAGAAAAGGAAAGCGUCUUCCAAAAAACCUGCUGCAAAGGAAACUCCAGAGGUCGAAGCUGAUACCACAAUGAGUGAACCAGUUGAGUUGCUGACUGAAGACAAGAGUACAAAGAAAAGGAGGACAAACUACUAUCGUGGUGGACGACGUUCAAGAUCUCACAGCCGAGGGAGAGGGGCCAAGUCUCGCAGUGUUUCCAAAGAUACCCCAACACCAGAACAAGCAGAGCAGAAACAGGAUCCAGUAAAGAAGAGAACUCCGAGGAGCAAACAAGUGUCAGACGGGACUCCUGCCCCAACUAGGCGCUCUCGGAGAGGACAAGGUGUGGAGGAAGCUGGAGCUGACAUCAUAUUUGAUUCGACAGUGGCAAAGAAAGAACUGAAGAGACUGGCAAUUGAUGGCUUUCAGGCUCAGCUGAGCUCUCGGCACAGUCGAACAACCACCCCAGAUUCCAGUAAUGAAUUGUCCAGCACUACCAAGCAAAGUUCUUCAGCAGUAGUUAAGUGUACAUCUGAUAAUAGCACUAAUGAUGAAGUUUCAGAUGAGUGCAUACCCAAAGAAGUUGACAAGAAGAUGGAGCUGGUCAAUGGUGAGGUCAAUGAUGGUGCUGGGGAAAAUGACCACUCAACAGACCUGACUGUGAGUGCAGAGGAAAAGGUCAGUGUUGCCCCUGCUCUCCCAGAAGAUGAAGUUGACAGUGGCAAGGUCCCUGAGCCUGUCACCGUGGGUAAGCGGGGAAGCUCACGGAGAAAAUCAACCCCACAGCGACGUAAAAAUAAAGACAGCCGUCAAGUAAAUACUGAAGCGAAUGUGCUGAACGCUGACAAUCCAGAUGGUGAACUGGCAUGUGACAGUAAGGAGGAAAUAAAAGAAUUAGACCAGGCUGAAUCAGAGCAGAGGGUUUGCAGGGAAGGAGAGGGAAAUGUAAAUGUUGUCAACAAUGUGAAAGAAGUUGCAGCUGCAGUGAAAAAAACAUCUGAGGGACCAGUGAGACAGAUGGUUUCAGAGAGUGUAGAGUCUGUGGUAGAAAAAAUCAAAGAGUCUAGAAACAAAACGAAGGAGAAAUCAGUCAAUGUCGAGGCGUUAAAGGAAAAACUUAUUGCAUCAGAGAUUGUAGAUGACUCUAAAUCUGAUGUUGUAGUGGCCACAUCAGUUCUGGAGGGGGAAGUGAAGGAGCAUGGUGUGACGUCGAUGGAUGGAGAUGAAGCAAAGAAGUGUGAAGUGACAGUCAAAACCAACAAUGAGUCAAGCGAGAGUGGUGGUAAUCAGUGUGAUGGGGAAGGGAAGGCUUCAGAAGUUGCUGAUGAGAAAUGUAUGUCUCAGAGGCAAGAAGAAACGUCAACAGAUGUCAUAGAACUUGUCAAAGACUCAGAAUCAUGCAAGAAAGAGCUAGGGAAAGACAAUGUAAAGGAUACUGCAGAUAAUGACAAUGGCUCUGAAGAGAGAGACCUGUCUGGUCAAAUUCACACCGAUUCAGGUAAAGAGGUUUCCGCACGACAGAUUUGUACAACCAGGGAUAUGGUGCAGAGUUCUGUGAAGAAAGAUGCCCCAAACCACUUAGAUUCGCCUCUGGGGGUCAGUGAAGAGAAGAAGAGUAACAAGGAUGAGGAGAGUCAGGACAUGUCGCUUUCAGGAUUGGACGAGGUUCAUGAAGAAGUGAAAGUUAGUGAUGAUGUCCUAGACGAAAGUGAAGACUAUGAUGAAGAUGAAGAUAGCUCUCACAUAAUUGACUUGGAAGAAGUGGACAUGAACGAGUCAGAAGAUAAGGAUAAAAGUGGGCUGAUGGAUGACGGUCAGGAAGAAAUGAGGGAGAUGGAUGUGGUAGAAGGUGCAGGCGCUGCUCAGGAGAUAGAUUUGAGUGUUGGAGAAUGGAGGGUUCCACCUCAGGUUACUGGCUUAGGUAGUGAGACAGCACAGGAAGUUAUGGGCCAAGGCGGAGCUGACCCUAUGGAAGUGGACACACCUGUUCCUGGUGUAGAUACUGAGGUGACACAGGGAGUUGUGGGUCAAGACGACAGUGCAGGUCCCGACUCUGAGAUCAGGCCACAAGCUGACCACAUGGAGCUGGACACGCCUUCUGCUGUGGACUCGGGCAUUGACCUCACAGUUGCUGAUGCCUCAACCACUUUUAGUUCACUGGCAGGGGACAACUCUUUUUCUGAAUAUUUUCAGGACUCUGCUCUUGAUCUGCGAGUCAGUAGUUCUUCACAAAAACCCAAUGAUGAAGUGGAUCGACCCGAGAAGGUAGUUGUACCGUCUCAUGAGGAUACAAAGGUUGAUCAAGAGGAGUCCAGGACUGGAACAGACUUAUCUGUGAAGACUUCUCAAAAAGCUAAGAGUAGAGAGCCUUCAGAGAAGACAGAUGAAAGCGAAUCUUCUGAAUCUACAGAUAAAGCGGACAGAGCAGAAUCUUCAGAUAAAGCAGACAGAGCAGAAUCUUCAGAUAAAGCGGACAGAGCAGAAUCUUCAGAUAAAGCGGACAGAGCAGAAUCUUCAGAUAAAGCGGACAGAGCAGAAUCUUCAGAUAAAGCAGACUCUUCAGAUAAAGCAGACAGUGCAGAAUCUUCAGAAAUGGGAGACAGAAGAGAAUCUUCAGAAAAGGGAGACAGAAGAGAAUCUUCAGAAAAGGGAGACAGAAGAGAAUCUUCAGAAAAGGGAGACAGAAGAGAAUCUUCUGAUAAAGCAGAUAGAGCAGAAUCUUCAGAAAAGGGAGACAGAGGAGAAUCUGAGUCUUCAGAAAAAACAGACACAGCAGAAUCUUCAGAAAAGGUAGAGGGAGGAGAGUCUUCUGAGAAGGUGGACUUAAGAGAGUCCUCAGAAAAGGUUGAUGAAGAAGUGUCAUCUGAAAGCAAAGAGGUGGCCUGUGAUGGAGAUGAUGAGGUGGAUGGCGUUGUUGGAGCGAGUGACAAUCAAAAGCAGCCAGAGAAAGAGAAAGAAGUAGUGCAUUGUGCUCAGAGCAGCUCUUCAGGGGAAGGAUCAAGCCUUGCUGAAAAAAUAGUUGAAAAAGUCCCUGAAGAUGGAAUUCCAUCCGCAAAAUCAGAGCUCAACCAUUCGGUAAAUGUUGUGGAGAGUGCUGAGAGUGAAUGUGAGAAAGUGGCUGAAAAAAUGGAGGUAGAUUGCAUAGAAGAGAAGGAAGAGACGUCUGGAGAGAAAAAUAGCCGAAGGCAUUCUGAGCCUGAUGCUUCUGCUGAGUCAGGUCCUGUGCCUGAAGUAAAAAAAUCAUUGCCUGUGUCUCCCAAGUCCAAAGAGAUGGCAGGUGAGGAGAAGGAAGAAGCUGUGGUGUCGGAAGAGGGCUCGGGUGUUGAAGCCACUGCCUUGGAACUAAAGGCUGAGAUGGAGGUGAAGACCGACAGUGUCCCUGCCACUGCUUCCAACGAGGGGCUCGAGGUCACUUGUGAUAACUGUCCUGAUGAGGAACCUGCAGAUGGUCCGUCUGUUUCUGAGGAGGAUGUAACUGUGGAUGAUUGUGUCAUGGAUGUCACAGGGACUGCUACUGUUAAUACUGAUCACACUGCUGUGGUUGUUGACACAUCUGAUUCUGGUGUAAGCGCAGACGUUGCCAGUGCGGUUUCUGCUGAUGUCACAAGCAGUGUUUUAACCACCUCUUCUGGCACAUCUGUCUCUCUGGAGAAGGAGGGUUGCCCCGUGACAGCUGUGGUUGUGAAAAGUUCAGAAAACGCUAAAGCUACUCAUGAUUUUGAUGUUGAGGACAAAGACUCAGAGAUGAAAAAUAUAGCUGUGACGCACCAUUCAUCAGAUGGAGAUAAAAGUUCUCCACAGCUACAUGUUGUACCAGGCACUGAAAAUUCAGAGGAAAACGAGGCGGCAGAGAAAAUGCUCUCGCAAUCAAAUAGAGUUAUAGAGGAUUCUGGAUUGGUUGUUACAGCGCUACAGCAGAGCAGAGACAAAAGUGAGGUUUCUGAGACUGCAGACUCCAGUGCUGAAAGUCAGGGGAAGUUUUUAAGUUCAGAAGUGAAUGUUGUAUGUGCAGAAGAAAGAAGGUUAGCGAAGCGUGAUGCAGAAAAUGAGGCUAGUGUAGGAGAUAGUUCAGUUGGAAGGCAUUAUGACACUACAGGCAGUGAGAGAACUGGUGUUGUUGCCACAGGGGGGGAAGCUGCUGAGCAAGUUGAGGUGACAGACACAGGUGCCCGUCUCCCUGGAGAGACUGGUGAUGGAAAUCUAUCGGAACAAGGAAAUGCUGCCUCGACGACCAAAGGGGAAACAGUGUCAAGUAUUUCAGAAUCAGAAAUGCCUGCCCUUGAGAAGUCCCCCACGAUAAACCAAGAAGAGAGAGAUGAAAGACCGGUCUCUGAACAUGGUGAAGGUGAAAGUGUCACAGAUAUGACAAAGUUGGCUCCAAAACUUGAUGGUAGUAAACAAGCUGAGACGCUGACGGUGGCCCGGGAGGAAGGGAACCUUUCAGGGACCGCUAGUGAGGGAGGUGCAGAGAAUGAGGCUCUGAACGAGGGGACUGUCUGUGGUGAGAGUGCUGUCAAAGACAUGAUAACACCUUCAAAGGAAGGUGAUGGGAGUGAGGAAAGGGGAUCAAAGGAUGAAGUCGUAGCUAUAAAGAAAACUGGAUCACUUGAGGGGGUCAUUGAGGGGGAUGGGAGAAGAAAAGUACUUGAGGAAGGCUUGGUAAAUUCAGGAACAGAGCGGAACACGGGAGAAAAUGAGAUGGGGGCGAUGGAAAUCUCUGAAGAGGCCCAGAUACAAGAGACCCAGUCAAACCUUGCAAUAGAUAAUGGAGACAAGGCAGCUGAAGCAGUUGAAGAAAAUAAAGCAAGUGGGGAAACUGUAUCAGCACAGGUGGCAAGUGGUGAUGAUGUGGAGGCAGUGGUGACUGGUGUGGUUAGUGCAUCUGCUUCUCGUAGGGAGAAAGAGGCGCUUUUACAACAGGAGAGAGACAUUACAGCAAAAGAGACUGAGCCUGAGAAAGCUCAGGAGGAGGAGGAUAUGGAAGUCGGGGAAAUCUCCAGUGAGACUCCAGAAGGAGCUGAAAAUCUGAUGCAAGGUGGGGCCAAGUCUGAAGGGUCUGUGACAGUGUUGGAGCCUACAGAGGAAGUGAAAGAAGUGGAUAGAGAAGGGGGAAGUGAAGUGGCUGUGGAGACAGAGGCCGAUGAGACAACUACGAUUGAAACAGAUGAUAAGAGAGUAAGUGGAACAGAAGAGACUGCGGUGGUAGAGACAGAAACAGGAAAGGAGGCUGAUGGGGUGUCUAAGGUAGUCAAGGAUGCAGUGGUUGAAAUGGAGGAGGCUGAAAAUGCAGUAGUGGUUCUGACAAAAGCCGAGUCUGAAGCUCGGAAGAAGAAUGUAGUUGACGUAGAGACAGAGAAUGGAAGUGAAACAGGGAUAAAGAAGAAAACUGAGACACAGAUAGAGAAGAAAACUGAGACAGAGAUAGAGAACAAAAAUGAAAUUGAAGCAGAGAAGGAAAUAUUGGUUGAAGAAGAGACAGGAAAGGAAACAGCAGUUGAAGAACAGACGGAGAAGGAAACACAGGUUGAAGAAAAGAUAGAGAAAGAAAUGUCAGUUGAAGAAGAGCCAAAUAAGGAAAAUGAAAUGGAGGCAGAGAAGGAACCACCGGUUGAAAACAAAGCAGGGAAUGAAGUACCUGUUGAAGAAGAGACAGAGAAGGAAACGACUGUUGAAGAAGUGACAGAGAAAGAAACGCCGGUUGAAGACGAGUCAAAGAAGAAAAAUGAAAUGGAGGCGGAGAAGGAAGCAAUGGUUAAAGAGGAAACAGAGAAGGAAACAGUAGUUGAAGAAGAGACAGAUAAAGAAACCACAGUUGAAGAAGAGACGGAAAAGGGAGUGACGGAGGAAGGGGCUUUGGUUGAAGCAGAGGUUGAGAAUGAGAUGGCAAUUGAUACAGAAAAACAGGCUGUUGAUGAAGUACCGGAAAUAAUGUCAAAAGAGACGGAAACUGAGCAGGAGAUGGCAAGAGAGGCAAAGUCAAGGGGAGGAACAUCAAAAGAGACAGAAGCAGAGAAAGAGAUGGUGGAAGAGAUAGAAGCAAUAAAAGAGAUAGUGGAAGAGACAGAAGCUGAGAAAGAGAUGGUGAAAGAGAUAGAAGCAAUAAAAGAGAUAGUGAAAGAGACACAAGCGGAGAAAGAGAUGGUGAAAACAACAGAAGCAGAGGAAGAGAUGGUUAUGGAGACAGAUAGUGAGAUGGGUCAGCAAAGACCUUAUGAUAAUGAGGCAGAGGAUGUGAUGGCUGGUGACAUGGAGACGGCUGUCGAUACAGAGACAGUGAGUGAGACACAGGCAGAAACAGAAGCACUUGUCUGUGAUGAAGAGUCAGUUCUUGAGAAAAAGGCAUCUGUUGAAGAAAUAGAGAUGGCAAAAGAAGCAAAAGAGACAGAACCAGAAGAAGGGAGGGCGAAAGAGGCAGACGUAGAAGAUGAGAGGGCGAAAGAGACAGAAGUAGAAGAAGAGAGGGCGAAAGAGACAGAAGUAGAAGAAGAGAGGGCGAAAGAGACAGAAGUAGAAGAAGAGAGGGCGAAAGAGACAGAAGUAGAAGAAGAGAGGGCGAAAAAGACAGAAAGGCAGGAGGCAGAGGCAGAGUCUCAAAUGGACGUGUCUGUGGAGGCAAGUACAGAGACAAAGAUGGAGGAGGAGUCUAGUGUUGGGAUUGAGCCCUCGGAGAAUGUGACUUCUGCUGAGGCAGAUUUAGAGAAAGAUGAGACCAAGGAGGAUGAAUUGGAACCCUCAGUUCAGACGCAAUGUGUUGAUGAAGAGGCUGGCAUUUCGGAAGAUAAAGGACUAAAGCAGGACUCAGAAACUAUUUCUUUAGAUGAUCAUGCUGCAGAUAGUUUGUCUGGCCAAGGGAUGUGCGACCAAGCUGAAAGUGAAUUGACCCCAGAGCAAGAUGAUAUGUCGGAAAAAGCGGAAGGACAGAAAGAAGGUGAUAAUGAUGUGGCUACUGUCACAACUUGUCAUGCUGAAGGAGAGAAGGAAGAGAUUGAGCUGGGAGAUGAGAGGAGGCAAGAUUCCGAAGAAGUGGCCAGUCUCAGUCAGAGAGAAGACCUGGUUCUUCCCCCGAAAGAGGAAGAUCUCAGUAACAACUUAGUUGCACAAGAGAUCAGCCGUUGCAUCUUGGAUAAUGAAGAGAAUGCUUCUGUGAUACACUCUCAGGAGGCAAGUCAAGAAGUGAUGGAGGUGAAAGAAGAGAUUUGUGUGCCUGAAGAGUCGGGGAGACUUCAGGCAGGGGCAGAAGAGAUACAAGACAUGGUGGUCGAAGACUAUGUUCCAGCGACUUCAGGAAAUGAGAAAAGUGUGGAGGCUCCUGCUGAGAAGGUUGACACAAGUACCGAAGCGAUGGCACAAAGCACAGAAGUAAAAGAGGAAGACAUGAAGGAAGAAAUUCCCGCAGAAGAGAAGCCUGAGGAAGAACUAGCUGCCGCGGAGGACAAGGAAUGGGCUGAUGAGGCUAAGUCAAAACAGAGCAAAGCUUUCCAGGAAGUGUUGCUUUACUCAGAUGCUCAGGCAUUCCGCGGGGGAUUGAGCCAUUGGCAGCUUGUAUGUGACACCAUAGAGGACUGGGCCCAGCUCACUGACCAGCUCAAGGACUCCAAAGUUAACAAGGAAAAGCAGCUCUACCGAAUCAUCAAGAACGACUUCCUGCCAGAGAUCCCGACCAUCAUGGCUGACAAGGAGCAAGCUAGAGAAAAGAGAGCAAGAGAAAUGAUGCCGAGAAGAUCGUCAUAUCGUCUUGAGCUGAAGAAAAUGGAGGAAGAAGAACAGGAACGUCUGAACAGAGAGGCAGAGGAAGAAGAAGAGAAGAAGCGUCUUCAAGCUGAGGAGGAAAAAAGGCAACAGAUGAAAAUUCAGGAGGAAAAACGUCUGCAGGAAGAAAAAGAGAGGGCAAGAGAAGAGAGGGCCAAUCGUGCUAGACUGAGGGAGGAAAGAGCAAGGCUGAUUGCUGAGGGCUUGGAAAUUCCUCCUGAGUUGGCCAAUGGACUCCGGCAGGAUGAUAAUGACCAGGAUGAUGGGGAUGAUGAGAUGCAGCACAACCUAGAAAAGGUGCUGCUGACUGUCAAAAGGAAUGAAUACUCUUGGCCAUUCUUAGAAGCUGUGGAAGAAGUGAAUACUCCUGAUUUCUUUGAAGUGAUCAAGGAGCCAAUGGACCUUCUGCAAAUUGAAAAGAAAUUGGAAGAAAGAGGAUACAAGUCCAAGGAGGAGUUUGAGCGUGACAUGAAUCUUGUCUUUGAUAACUGCAUCGAAUACCAUGGGAAAGAUAGUGACUUUGGCUACAUGGCAGAAAAUCUUAAGGGAGUAUUUGAGCGCAGCAUGCGCCGCACAUUCCGUGUUUACCUGGAGCCCACGUCCACCAGAGUGAGCCGUCGCUACGUCAACGCCUACGGCUCUUCCAGCUAUAUGUAUGAAUAUGACCUGGCGGGCGGAUUCGGCCACCGGGCGGCCAGAAAGAGGACCAGCUAUCGAGAGGAUUCUGAUUCAGAUUCGGAACAAGAGGGCUAUACUCGUGGAAGAAUUUUGUACUCUUCAGGGAAAGCAUGGAAGUCUGAUGAAUAUGAGGAGGAGAAAAAGCAGGGGGCUGAGCCUCCAAAGGAGGAUAAGGAGGAGGAAGAGGAAGACGAUCCAGAAUUUCGACCUAGAGCUACUUGGAGCUACCGCCGUGAACUGCUGGGUCUUGAUGCUGCAGACUUCGAGUCAUUUGUACCUAAAUCUAACAAGGAGAAGGUACAGGAGGAGUCUGCAAAAGCCCGCAAACCUGUAGAUCUCUCCAAGUUUGCUGGCGCCAGGUUCAGGUACUCGGAUCCAAUCCAUGAGCCCACCAGUCGAUCGCUUCCAAAGAUCAUCGUGAGUGAGUACAUCAAGAAACCCAAAGACAAGCAGAAAGCAGGAGCAGGGCAAACAGCGGUCACGACCUCAGCGCCACCAGCCACAGCACAGUCGACAGGAAUUGCCCCCAACACGUCUGCUACAUUGAAACAAGGCGCAUCGCCUGCAGGGGCUACGCCUGGUGGUGCUGCUCCUGCUGCUGCCAAGCCGCCAGUCAAAGUGGUCAAGAUCUCCCGAGCAGAGUACGAGAAGCUUCUGGCCCAGAAGAAGAUCACGGUGGUGGACGCCAAUAGCAAAGCUGGCCAGGUGAUCAAGCUGCAGGCAGGACUCCAGCUCAAACAGAUGACGUCGCCUCAGCAGCCGCAGCAAGCACCAGGAGGUGCGGCACCCAGCCCUGUAAAACCUGCCUCCAGUAUCCCCAGUACAAUGGCGUCGCAAUCACCAGCAGUGGCCCCUUCAGUGUCUGCAAGUGAGUCUUCUUCUUCUUCAGCGGACAAGCCCUCAAAAUCUCCCACUGCAGAAUCCUCUAAGUCUCAGGAGACGAGCCGCAAGGGGAGCUCGCAGCUCGACAUCAAGGAGCGCUUGAGACAGGUCAAUAAGAAAAUGGCGAAGAAACUAAAGCCGACCAAUGUAGUGUAUGAAGACGUAAUGUACGAGAAUGCCAAAAUGAUCAACGGGCAGAUGGUGUAUAAUGUAGCGCCAGAUAAACACUCCACAACAAGCUCUCUCUUUGGGGACGGGGUUCACCGGAAGCCGAGGAGCGCACAGGCUCCUAGUAAGUAUGUCCACCCCAGUGCCCUGCCUCUCAUUGAGAAAAUGGACAGUUUGGCUCGUAAAAGUAAAAGGACAUUAUCUGAUGAUGAGGACAGUGAUGGUAUGGAUGAGAAGCCACCCCCUGUGAAGCGAGUUCGAUUCAGUGACGAUGUCGUGGACAGUCGAGAUGGGAGACUUGGUUCUGAGGGAAUUUCUACACCCAGACCCUCAAUCUACGACAAGUGGAAACGUAAAGCAAAAAAAACAUUGCUGCCCAAAUCAUUUAGUGAAAGAGAUCCCCCUGACGAGUCUUCAAAAUCAUUUUAUGAGAGAGAUUCCUCGGACGAUUCUGAACCGCAGCCGAAAAGACAAAAACUGUCGACCGUUGUACUUGAAAGUGAACAGGACAUGAGGGAGCACCCUUCUCGUAAGCCUGAUCCAGAGAGUUUGCAUGAGGACAGUGAGCACACGGGUGCUGUGGAAGAAGAUUCGGCAAAGGAAGGACCUUCCAAAGACAAUAAUUCCCAAGAAAUGGAUGAGGAGGAACGGGGCUCCUCUCCGUCUAAUAUUCCAAAACCUGAUGGGGAAUUCAGUGAGAAUCACAAACAAUGCAAAGACCAAGUGGAUUUGAGUGAGUCUCAGUGUGAUGAAAAUCCUUCCAGUGAUGACCGCUGUCACUCCCCGUCUUUUGCAAGUAAGACAGACUUUUACAAAUCAUUGGAACUGAAGAAAAAAGAACAACCAGCAGCUAGUUCUACGUCUCUUGAAGACCCUAAGUCAUCUCAUUCACCCCACCAAGGCUCUUUAUCACCACAUGCAGACUCCAAAUCAUCUUCAACAUCGUCUCAAUUGUCUGCUUCAUCCUCAUUUUCAUCUCCUGUGCCAUCAACAUCUACAGCAAAACUACAGCAGCAGGAUCCGUCUCCGACACCCACCACCACAGCAGCAACUGACCAGCCAAAGGCCACUUCUCCAUCCCCGCCAAAGACUUUCAAGCUGACAGGCCUCACCUCUCAGCUGGCUCAGGCUAUGGCCCAGAAGAAAAAACGAGCAGCUGCACUAGCAGCAGCAGCGGCUGAGGAGGGUACGAACUCACCGCGCACUCUGAGCCCUCCCCUCCUGGAACCCAUUGAGCCGGUGAGCAGCGGAAGCGUGCCAGGGGGUCACUCACAGAGUGAAGAUGAGGAGGAAGAGGGGGAGAUGCCGGUUCUGGUGCCCGACCACAUGCCCCCAACAUUGGUGGAGCCGGGCUCGGAUAACAUCUUCCAGCGCAUGAUGAGCCCAGAAACGAGUCGGACGUAAUGUGUAAAGCUUGACAAUUCUAGAAAUUCUUUCUGAGCUGCUUCUGGUCCUUAAGAUGCCAGCGUGGAGAACUUUGUGUCGUAUGACGUUAUCUUCUAAUGUGUUAUUAUGAGUUUGGAGAGGAGUAAGGCAUGGAGUAAUUCUGGAAAUUUCUUCUUAGUUGUGACCGGUUCUUGUUUUGCCAACUUGUGAAAAACUCCAGCUGUGUGGCAGUAUAUUCCAAUGCCUUUGGAGCAGGGUCAGUUCAGAGCUCAUCACUUUGAGCUAACAGAAAAUCCUUUUGGGGCGGUGGCCGUCACUUGCCAAGCUCACAAAGUUGUCGUUUGAUAACAUUUUCCAGGAUAUAGUGUACAUUGAAGCUGCUCAGGAGAGGGAGCCUAUGGAUCUGAUUAGACCUUGAAGGAACUUUUCAUUUUAAUGCUAUUGAGUGAAUCAGAAAGUUCUCUGGUAAGCUUUUAUACUUUAAGUCUGUAGAGCUUGCUAGGAGUAAUUUGUGAAGAUGGCUACUGGCACCAGUGGUGCAGCGCUUGGGCGCUUCACUGUCGCCUGCAGAAGAUCUGUGGGGAGGUUUUUUUAUCAUGCGUCUCCGUCUUUCUGCUAUGGUAUUGUGUCCCUCUCAACCCAGAUUAGCUGUGGCAGGCGUGGUUGAAGCAGCCUGCUUUCUAAAUUAUUGUUUAGAUGCUUACUUUUUUUGUGACAGUUUUAUGUGAUAACUAAUUACAAGUGUAUAGAGGAUAGUCUUAUUUUUCAGAGCCUCCUAGACCAUGGUAACAUGCAUUUGGUGGUGCUGUUUUUGUGUCCCUGUGACAAAGCUGUUGACAAGGGAAAAAUGUUUUGGUCAUUUCUCUUUGGGUUUCUUUGAUGAAAGUGAAAUUUAAAGGGAUAGUUAUCUUGUUUUAUUUUGAUCUACUGUCCUUGUGUGAAGCUCUUGGGGUCUGCAGGGAUGUUUAUUGUAACGUUCUUUCUUGUUUUACGAGACAACAGUUUUUAAAAUUUUUUGUGUGUGGUCGGCAGAUACAAAGAAAAUUUGUAAAGGCUAUCAGUUCUGUUUCCUCUGUCAAAACAAUUACAGUGAAUGAUACCAAGUGGAGUGUUUGUGUUUGUUUUUUUAGCUACUGCCUUUAUGUCUAGGAGAAUGAGACCUGGAUAGGGAUGAAGGUGGAAAUUAUGAAUUUGUUUAAAGUUGCAGGUCUCGAAUGUUACAGGUUUUGAUUUCGUACCUGAAGAACACCUGUAUUCAAGUUUUAAAUAUGAAAUUGUAAGGCAAGUAAAUUGUAUUUGUUUUAGUGUAGAAAUGGACUAGAAAAUCAAAUAUAAUUUGGAAAAAAAAAUGAGGAAAACGAAUGUUUUAUGUAAUUUGCUUUCCAUUUAAAUUUCCAACAACUAGGGGGGAGGGGAGGUGUUUUUCUCGGCAUUAUUCCCAGAGGCUGUGAUACACAAUGUACACCUGUAACAGAUUUUGAGGUACGAUAGAAAGACCACACAGAUGAUGUGGAUGUUCCAGUAUAUCUGACUAUUGACUUUAGAAUUUGUUCUGGUCACCGCUAAAGAAAUGUGUUUUUUUAUUAUGUUCUCAGCAUAAAUGUUAGUGCAUUUUCGGCAAGUUCUUCACUGUGAACUUGACUGGCCACUGGUAACAGUUUGAUGUAACAUUUUAAGGAUCUGAAAAGGAGAAAGGUCUUGAUUUUCAUGAACAUUUUUUCUUAACGUGAAGACCAACAUUGUACUGUAACCUUCCCCAGUCCAACUUUUGUUUAAAGAGAAAGAGUGAAAAUGUUUGCCUUUUGUUUUCAUUGUUUUGUUACAGCUAAUUUUUAUUAAGAAAUUUUUCGGCAUUUGUGAAGACAUUAAUUGCAAGAACUUGGCAUUGACUGCGCCGUUGUUUAAGAUUCAGAUGGUGCAAUACUGUGGCAGAUCAGAUCUGGUUUCAUUUGACCUGUGCAAUAAGUUUUGAGUAAUUCUAUUAAUAUAUUUUUUAAAAGGGCAGGUUUGAUGGAAAAGGUCUUCUUGCAACGACUCAACAUUUUUUACUAUUAUAGGCCUUACGAGAAAAGCUUACACACACUUUAGAGUGGUUGAUGGGUAAUGUGGUAUUGUAUGCCCCUCUACUUUGUGUCUGUGUAGUUCUAUUCUCCCUCGCUGUUCUUGGAAAAGUGUUGUGAAUAUCAUGUUGGCUGGCUGUAAAGCACAGCUCCGUGACGGCAGCUCUUUUCAAGCUGUUUCUCCUCUGUGUGUUUGUAUCAGUCUUCCUUGUAACACUUGCGGCUGUUGUUCAGGUAGCCCACUAGUUCUCAUAUUUUUAUCCAAGUGUGGGAUUCCUGGUAGUAGUCUCACUUCUUCCUGAGUAUUUGUUGACACUGAAAAAUAUAUUUCAGUAUCCACAACUCAACAAGCAAGUGCUGUUUGCACUGACAACGUACUGGGAAUGAGAAGACUGUUCUAUGAGGUCACCAAACCUAAUAGUAAUAGUGGGGAUAGUGGUUAAAACAUUGUAGUCAUCUCAGGCUAUAAAAUCUCUCUCUGUCCCUUCCCAGUUGUGUUUGGUUGCCCCUAUGUUGGGCCAAUCCCUCUGUAUUCACCUCUCGUACAAAUGGAGUCUGCUGAAUAAGAAAUGUGCUGGACUGCCAGGUUUUCUACGGUAUUGCCAGGCUUCAGGCUAUGAGAGGUUUCUCAAAAAAAUGGGGGAUUUUCAUUUCCUUGGGUUUUCCGUUGUUUUCAGUAAAUUGUGUCAGACUCCACUGCAGUUUUCCUUUUUUUACCCCUCCAGUUUGAAUAAUGCACCUGUGCUUAGCAAACAUUUUGUGAAAUAGAAACGAAAUAGGACAGCUGUGUUUUGGACACACUAAGUUCAAAUACGCAGCAGCAAUAUUCGACUUGUUCGAACUUUCAGUACACCAAGUUACAAACUGUUUCUCGAGUUGAGGCCUGAUGUAUCAUGGUGGUAUAUGAUGGCUCAGCUUUUUGCCACUUCUGACUCACAAAUGUGCUAUGAGAGCUUGUUAAUGAAAGAACUGCGGUGUGUGAGUGUCUGACUCGGAACAGACAUUACAAUUGUUUUAUCUUUUAUGUUUUGGUUGAAAAUCUGAAUUGUUAACAAGAGCAAUCUUGUGUCAUGCACAUUUAUGGUCUCUUUAGAAGUGACAAAUGUAUUAUUGUAUAUAUACAAGGGUUGAGAACAUCCUGCACUGUAAAGCUCAAACGUAUUACAUGGGUUUUUUUGGCAUACCGUACAUGAAAGAAGUACCAUUGUCAUUUGCAUUAUAUUGUCCAUAUUUAAAGAAAAUCUUUUUGUACAGUACUUUACAUUUUGAAUGCGAAAGGCAUUCACAAUUAAGGAUAUGUUUCCCUUUUUUCUGUAAAUUGAAUGCUGUUAUUUUUACUUUACUUAAUUAAGUAUUUGGAUAUAAGGAGGACAAGGAUUUGUAUGUGUUGGGUGCUAGUGUUACUUUUGUACAUUUUGUUGUAUCACUUUGAAAGGAUAUGUAUGUAUAUAUUAUAUACAUAUAUAUAUGUAUGCGUAGGAUGCUUUAGAAAUUUUUUCUUCAUUGUAGUCUACCAUGUGACCCCUUAGUGGUUUGUGGCUGGGUUUCCAUCCAGGGGGGGAGACUGAAUAAUGUUUUAGGACUUGACCAUAGACAUUUCAUGUCAGUUCCUUUGUGUGCUCCAGUGGGUUCAAGUGUGGAGUGAAAGUUUGUAUAAAAGACUAUACAGUAAGAUUUUCAGUUAUUUCUUUAUUAUCUCUGUACACCUUAAUAGAAGAUUUUAAUUUUACAGUUGUUUGGAGAGCCUUCAUGUUCAUGCUUUGCAGUUGGAUCAGUUGCGUGAGAGAAAAUUUUUGACCUCAAGUAAACCAAUAGCUCAGUUGGCUUCAUGCUGGACUGCAGUGCAGGCACCCCUGGUUCAAAUCUUUAGCGGAGAGUGUAUUUCUGUUAGGGCUGUUGGUGGAAUUUUCAUGGCUGUUCCCCCCACCUCGUGUCUAGUCUUGUCAAAGAUAUGUUUGAGGUGCCUCUUGUGGAAUACUUUUGUGUUUUGAAAAGACAAGGGUGUUUUAGUUUUUACAGUAACCCGAAUCUGACUAAACCUGUUACUGACUGUUGUACCACUGUCUGCUGGUUGAGCUCUGCGUUCAGACGUCUGUGCUGUAGCGAACUUCGUCAGCCGCUUUUCUGUUGCAUGUAGGGGACGCGAAUUCGAUUCCUGUUAGGAAAAAAAUGUUUUAUGGGGCAUCUAGAAUUUUCUUUUGGGAUGUUGUUGCCCCCUCAGCCCAGGUAGGCCCUUACAGGCAGGAUGAAGUUGGCCUCCUAAAAUAGUCUAAAUUGUGUCGAUGAGGGGGCGUAAAAAUAUGUAUAUAAGAAAAGAAAAGCUUUGUGAGCGUCUGCUCUUGGAUAAGGAUGAGACCUGCUGCUAUUUUUAGUCUGUUUUUGUUCUUGUCUUUGGUUGCGAGUGUUUGCAAACAUUGACUUGAUACUUCUACACAGACCCUCUGACAACUCUCUCUAACUCUAUCACUGCAUUCAGAAGGCUGAGGCGUGUGUCGUGUAAUGGUAAUUUUUUUAUUUGAGCGACGCUCAUCUUCGCGAGUCAAAGCCCUUUAAAAAAAUCGAUAAUAUGUGUGUCGUGUGUACUCUCUGCUUGUUAGGUCACUUGUUUUAUUGAAAGUCUUGGAAAUUGUUUUGUUUUAUUUCUGGCUCUGGGUUUUUGCUGCCAGUUGGAUGUGGGUUUGGAACAAAUAGACUAUUUUUCUUGUUUUUCUAUGUAUGUUAUGGUGCAUAUGUGUAGGUUUUCAUAUGUAUGUGUGUAUACCAUUGAAUUUAAGCACCAUAAAAGGCUUCUUUGUCUUGUGCAGGCGUGUCUAAUGAGAGAAUUCAUCCCUGUCAGACAAUUUUUGACCUACAGCCCUUUAAAAGUAAAAGGGGUCGAUUUUGCUGAAAAUAAAACCGAAAUGUCAUCCCAAAAAGGGUAAAUUUGAA